CACACGCACACACACACACACUCUCAGACAGUCUCAGAGAGGAGCUGCAGUGCUGAACUCAGGCUGUUCGUUCCAUUCAAUCUGAUCAGUCCAGCCUUCCAGAGAUGUGCUGAAAAACGCUGACACUUCAAAAACACCAGCAAACGCAUCGCUACACCCCAAACCACACACACGGUAGUGCUCACAGUCUCCGCAUGGCCCACCCGUACGAGCCGUGGCUGAGAGCAGCACCCCCUGGAGGCCCAGAGGAAGUGGGCAUGUCCGGAUGGUGGGACCUGCACGGGGGAGCUGCAGGAGGAUGGGUGGACCUGCAGGGGGCAUCAGGUCUCGGGGGUGGGGGGAUGGGUCAGGGGGGCUCGAUGGGUCUGCAGCCUUCUGUCAGCUCCUACAACCCCGAGGCCCAGAUGUGCUGCCUGCCACCGUCCCCCCACCCGUCCCCGCUGUACCCACCCGACGGCUUCAAAAUGGAGCCGCUCGCACCGGACAUGUUGCACCCACCCGGAGUCUCUGCGUCAUUCUCCCUGGAGGAACCACAAGAGGGCGCGGGCGGCUCUGGUUCCAGCCGGCCCAAACCCCCCCGGCGGUCCGGCAGCAGAGCUCCGGGUCAGACCGCCUGCCGCUGCCCAAACUGCCUCAGCGCGGAGUCUCUGGGAACGGCAUCUGCAGGCAACGAUGACGACAAGCGCAAGCACCUGCACAACUGCCACAUCCCAGGCUGCGGGAAAGCCUACGUGAAGACAUCCCACCUGAAGGCGCACCUGCGCUGGCACAGCGGCGAUCGCCCCUUCGUUUGCAACUGGCUGUUCUGCGGGAAGCGAUUCACGCGCUCCGACGAGCUGCAGCGGCACCUACAGACGCACACCGGGGCCAAGCGCUUCGGCUGCAGCGUCUGCCCACGUGUCUUCAUGCGCUCCGACCACCUGGCCAAGCACAUGCGGGUGCACGAGUCACCGUGCCAACCGGCCGAGGAGCAGGGGGGCGGGGACAACAACUCACCUGCAUCCGGCAUCGACGGGACGGCGGCCGGCGCAGGCGGAGCGCCCGUGCUGCGUCUGAAGAGCGAGGCCGAUGCCGGGGGAGAUGAGACUGUGGCGCACAGCAGCUAACUGAGCUCAGUUAGUGUCGGACUGUUAGCGCAUGCUGAAAGGUGACAACACGAAGUUUGCUGGACUCCAUCCUGACGCCGAUGAGCUGGGGAUGUUAGCCAGGUGGCACCACCACUGGGGAAUGCUACUUGUAGCAUUGCUAGCAUCCCUUGGUUAACCCUAGAUAACACUGAUUACUGCUGUUAGCAUUACAAGUUUAGCACUAGCUAUGACGGUCCAUCACUAAUAUUAGCACUGUUAGCAUCACCUGGCUAACACUAGACGUAGCCAAUAGCUGCUUCAGUUAGCACUGUUAGCAUCACCUGGCUAACACUAGACGUAGCCAAUAGCUGCUUCAGUUAGCACUGUUAGCAUCACCUGGCUAACACUAGACAUAGCCAAUAGCUGCUUCAGUUAGCACUGUUAGCAUCACCUGGCUAACACUAGACGUAGCCAAUAGCUGCUUCAGUUAGCCCUGUUAGCAUCACCUGGUUAAAAUUAGAUAUCACUUACCACUGCUGCUAUUAGCACUGCUAGUAUUGCCUGAUCAACACCAGAUACCACUGAUGAUCACUAUGUUGUUAGCAUUAUCUCAUUAGCACUAGACAUCACACUUCAUUGCUAUUACUAGCAAUGUUAGCAUCAAUUAGUGGACACUAGAUAUUGCCGAUUAAUGCUGCUGUUAGCAUUGUUAGCAUCACCUGAUCAACACUAAUAGUACUGAAUACUGUUGGUGUUCGGAAUGUUAGCAUAACACCAAGCAUCACUGACUAUUCUUACUAAUAGCACCCUUAGCAUGAAGUAGUUAGCAUUAAAUAACACUGGAUAUCACUGGCUGUUAGCUCUGAUUACUAUUGCUGUUAGCACUCCUAGCAUCUCAUGGUCUAGACAAGAUCUCACUGGCUAAACCUGAAUAAAACUAGAUAUCACUGACCUACUGUUAGCUCUGCUAGUAUUUACUGACAACUACUAAAUAUUCCUUUUCUUAGCAGUUAACAUCACCUGCUUCAGUUAGCACUGUUAGCACCUGGAUAACACUAGAUAUAGCCAUGUUAGCACUGUUAGCACCUGGUUAACACUAGAUAUAGCCAAAUUAGCACUGUUAGCAUCUGGUUAACACUAGACAUAGCCAAGUUAGUACUGUUAGCACCUGGCUAACACUAGAUAUAGCCAAGUUAGCACUGUUAGCACCUGGAUAACACUGUAGCCAAGGUAGCACUGUUAGCACCUGAUUAACACUACAUAUAGCCAAGUUAGCACUGUUAGAACCUGGUUAACACUGUAGCCAAUUUAGCACUUUUAGCACCAAAUAACACUAGAUAUACUCAAGUUAGCACUGUUAGCACCUGGAUAACACUAGAUAUAGCCACGUUAGCACUGUUAGCACCUGGAUAACACUGUAGCCAGGUUAGCACUGUUAGCACCUGGUUAGGACUAGAUAUAGCCAAGUUAGCACUGGAAGCACCUGGUUAAGACUAGAUAUAGCCAGGUUAGCACUGUUAGCACCUGACUAACACUAGAUAUAGCCAUGUUAGCACUGUUAGCACCUGACUAACACCAGAUAUCACUGCUGCUGUUAGCAUCGUCUGACUAACAGUAGAUAUCCAAAAUUGUUAGAGUUAGCAGUGUUAGCACAGAUAUCAGUGCUGCUGUAGUUAGUGGCAUUAAUAUCAGUGAACUGUGCGCAAGCUUAGCGCCGGCGGUGUCAGUACCACUUCGCUCCGAGUCACUGUUAGUGCCGUUUACAUUAGCGCUGUUCUAAUAGCAGCAGGGAGCAGCUGAUAUGGACCUUCAGCACAGGUUCCUUAAACCACUGAGCAGUUCAGUUACACACCCACACAACUGACCCGAUCAGAACUAUCCUGAGAUAAACGCAAGUGGAAGGUGAUGAGGUGCAUUUUAACGUUGAAUAUUUUUGUGUAAUUUAUGAGCGAACUGCAUAGACGCCCACCAGUU